GACACUUAUAUUGGCCAAUAGCUCUUUGCUCAAAGACAUAUUGUGGGCGUGGUUGGGUUAGUAUUUACAUUUUGUUUAUGUCCACAAAGUAAAGCAAGACUCCGGGAAGCCUGUGCUAGAGCAUGAUCCCGUCAUUGGUUGUUGGAAUAUUAAAACGCAACGCGUCCAGGGUAAUGAUCAGCAGAUGAGCCCAUCUGAGCUGUAAAGUCACUCGUUAACAGACGGAUACUUCCUUUCUAAUUUCAAGGAAUGGAUGCAACUCAGGCGAUCAAUGACUCGAUAUUCGAGUCAGAGGAGGAGGAAAGUGAAGAGGAGAUCCAAAAUGAAAGGAGGAAACCACUGGCCAAACUGUGCAUCUUAAAUAAUCCACACAUCCCUGAGAAAGAGUUGCCCCUCUUCCUGGGAGAUAAUUUCCUGGGUCGUGACCCAAAUCUUUGCACACUACAGUUGUUGGCACCAUCUGUGUCCAAGCAGCAUGCUGCCAUCAGCAUCUCUGUUCACCGGAGAAGAGGUCGUGUGCAUGAAGUGGACAUGGAGGCCCUGGUUUGGGACCUAAAGAGCAUGAAUGGGACCCGUAAGGGACGCCUAAAGCUGACCCCUAACGUGCGCUAUGCCCUUACUGAGGGCGACAGCUUGGUUUUGGGGGACAUCCCAUGUCGGUAUGUGAGCUCCAGGGUGGACUCCCCUUCUUCCCUUGGUGACAUUGAGACUCCAAGACAAUCGGAAGCAAGCGCCAGAUUGUCAGAUUGGGAUGACGUUGACACAGGAAGCAAGAAAUGUGUCAGUAGUGGCACAAAGGCUAAGAGGACUGCCGUCACAGGCGGUUGCCUCUCAUUUGAGAAAACUCCAGUGCAGCCACAGGGGAGCUUGGUGCCAGAAUCUGAUUCUGACUCAGAGAGUGAAAGAGAAGGGAGAGGAAACAGAAAACAGAAGGCUGUUGUGUCUGAUUCAGACUCCCACAAAUCCAGUCUGAACAAUUCUGCAUUUGUAAGCCCUCCGAGCAAAGUGGUUCCUGAAAGUGAAGACGAAAGCUCCAUCACACCGUCCUCCUCCAGCAGAAAUGGGUCAAGCAGACGCAUCAGUUUCAGCUUGGAGAAGACGGAUGUUGACCUGGAGAAAAACAAGUCACCCGUGUUUGUGGAAAAUGGUAUGGAGGAAGGAGAAGGAGCAGCCGAAGGAGGGACGUUUUCAGAAGAAAGCAGAGAUAAUGUGAAAAGGGAAGGCGGUAAAAGUCCCACAGGAAGCGGUGAAUCACUCAGGUCGCCGCUACAGGUCUCCAGAGACGCCGUCCCUGAAUUUAACCUGGACAGUGACACGGAUGUGGAGGGAGGAGAGGAGGAGGAGGCGCCUGCUGGGAAAAGUGAUCAACGCCCAAACACAGUCCUGUCACACAUGGACAGUGACACGGACGUUGAUGAAGAUGUCUCAGAUAAAACUCCAAGAACGUCAUCUUCAAAUGAUGAAGCAACAAAAUGUUCUCCUGCUGCUUCUGGCAUUCAGCUUGAGGGCAUCACAGUGGAGAGUGACACUGACAUGGAUGAUGAUGAUGAUGAUGAUGAUGCUAACGUCACAUCCAAAGCUACGUUACCUAAGGGUGAGCACAGUGCUGACUCCGUCCCUUCAGUACAGUCUGAAGAUUUCCACUUGGACAGCGACACAGACGUGGAUGAGGAAGAGGAGGCUGGGAAACGGGGGAAUCCCAAAAUGGGCGAAACGCUCAGUGAAAACUCUGAUAAACCUCUUUCUCCUCACAGUCUCCAUCCAGACAGUGACGCCUGUGAUAAGGAGGUGGCUGCAGCUGGUUUGGAUAUUUUGUCCGAAAGUGAUACAGACCUGGAGGAAGACUCACUCCCCGCUGUCCCUGCUGCUGCAGCAGACCUGCCUGUGUCGUCUGCUGCAGCAGCAGGAGCUCCAGAAUCUGAUGCAGACACAGAUGUUGACGAACCUGUUGCUCCCCGAGCUGCAGACGAGGGCAAACCAGCUGACCUUAGGAUGGAAAGUGAUACAGACGUGGAGGAUGAGGAGGCAAAUCCUGGGGAGGAAGAAGGGGGCCGACAGACAGAAAAUGCUCUUCGGCAGAACUGUUCUACUCCUGUUCAAGUUUCAGAAGGAGAAGUUGAGCAGAUGGAAACUCAGGCCUUCACAAUCCCCACUUCUCAUCCACCUAGAAAUGCUGUACCUUCCUCCUUAAGACCAGCAUUAAUGUCGUCUUGCUCAGACAGUCAGGAAGAUGAAGAUUAUGCUGUGGCUGAGACCCAGUCUUUCAUUCUUCAGACAAGAAGUUGCCACAAAGGCUUGAAUCCAAACCGAACCUCCGUUCUCGAGUCCUCCGCUGUCAAACCAGAGGACCGGUCCAACAGAGAUGAUUCUUUCCAGCUGGGACUGUCUGACAGCAGCCACCUGCAGGGCGAGGCCAGGGAGAACGCCCGAGCUGACGCCGCAGUCGAUGGUGGCGUAAACAUGGAGGAUACUCAGGACUAUGAGGAAAGUGCAGAGAAUGACUCGAACCUGGAGGCCACGCAGCCCUACGAGGUGGAGCAUCCCAGAUCUUUGUCUAGAAAAGAAACCUGUGUUGACUUGACUAUGGAAGCAACUCAGGCUUAUAUCCCAGAACCGUAUGGUGAAGGUUCAGAUGAAGAUGAGGGACUGAACUCUGCCAGGACUGAGAGUGUGGCUCCAUCUGCACUUGCUAUGGCUGAAACCCAGCCAAUGUUCUCUUCUGCGGAGGAUAAUGAGCCAGAUUGUUCCUCAGAACCGGUUAAGAAUGAAACGGAGAGGCACGUCGCUGAUUCUGAAUCAGUAGUGGAAACACAGCCCAUGUUUACAAGCGACAACGAGGAGAGCGGCGAUGAAGAGUUGUCAGAGUCCCUGAAGUCUUCAGAGGCGCAGAAACAUCCACGGACUUCUUCACCUUUAUGCCUUGCUGAAACCCAACCCGUGUGUCUGAGCGACAAUGAGGAGAGUGGCGACGACGAAGAGUUGUCAGCGGAGUCCCUGCGACCUUCAAAAGUGGAAACACACCCAAACACUGAUGCGGCUUUGCCGCUUGCUGAAACCCAGCCCCCGCAUGUCGGCGCUGACGAAACUGAGCCGAAGGAUUCAUGUGGAGAUCAUGAAAAUAACUCCGAGAUCCUUCUUCCACGGAAAAGAAAAGCAAAGCAGCUUCAUAUUGACGAAGAGGAGUCGCAGCAGCGCACAGACUCUGGUGAAACACAGCCUUUGACUCCAGGUGAGGAUGAUGACGAUUUGAUGCCAAGCCUGCGGAAAAGGAAAGCAAAGCCGCUGCAGCUGGAAGACGAGACACAAUCACUCGUUGGUUCUCAAGUCUCUGCAGAUGGAUCUCAGCGUUCGGUUACAUGCGAGGAAGAACAAAGCAGCCAAGACUUUAUCUCCACCCGAAAAAGGAAAGCGAAGCCGCUGCACAUUGAAGAUGAGCAGACCCAGCCUCUGAUAAGUUGUGAAGAUGAAGACAUCCUACCAGAAAGGGAGACGAAAGCUCUUCCUCUCACCGCUGCUGGAGUUCCUCCUGCUGAAGUUCAGGCAGAAGUUCAGGCAGAAGGGAGGGAUGGAAAAAGGGAUGGCGAUGAAUCCGUCACAUAUCCACGGAAAAGAAAGGAAAAGCGGCUUCAUCUUAAGGAAGAGGAGACGCAGCCGGUCUCAGCUUCUGAAUCUCAGAGAAGAAUCGACAGGACGAAAAAGGAAAGCAAAGCCGCUGCAGCUGGUACCAAAGAAACAGGAGAACAAACCAAGAACAAGGAUGAGAGCGACCAGCAGGAAGUGAAGGUAGUUAAUCGACAGACAAGAGGGAGAAGAACUACAAGAAAACAAGAACAAGACGAGGACAAAAAAAAGAGCCAGACAAAGGAGCAAAGAGACGGGAAACCUAGAGAAGACAAGGAAGAAACAGAAAGACACAAGGAGAAGGAAGAGCUGAAUAAUGAAGGGACAUCCAAGUCUCAUCUUGAGGACGAGAUGCAGCCGGUUACGAUUUCUGAAGUCUCUCCAGCGAAUACUCUGAAAAAAAACGAUGUGUUUGAUGCAUCCAGCAUUUCGAGUUCAAUGGAAACUCGAUUAGGAGAAGAAGAAGAAAAGGCACAAUGUUCUUCACGUCAAAAUAGACAAACAAAGACUGAAAAUAAACCAUUACCAAGCACCAAAGGACGGAGAGGGAAAGCCAAAUCGGAGGAUGACAACAAUCAGGAAGAGGUGAAGGCGGCUAAUCAACCGUCCAGAGGGAGAAGAAGUACCAGAAAACAGAAUGAUGAUGAAAGACAAAGGAGCGAUGAAAAUAAGAGCCAUAUAAAGGAGGAAGGAGACAAAGAAGCGAGAGAACAUGUGGAAACAGAGAGGCGCAAUGAGAGGGAAGGAAAAUCAAAAGGAAAACACAGAUUAAAGGAGACGAAAUCAGGAGGUGAAGUAGAAGAAGAAAAGGGAACAAGUGUGGAAACAACAAAGAUGGACCAAGAACACCUUGCAAGACUGGAGAAAGAAAAACAGCCCAAAGAAUCACAAGAAGACAAGAACGAAGAGGAGAGCCCCAAAGGUUCUGCAAGAGUGCGAAGAGCUGCAAGAAGAACAACCACAGCGGCGUGUGAAGCCUCGAGCGAGGAUGUCCUGGCAAGGAGAACCCGAUCCCGCUCCAACUCCCUCAGCUCAGAGCAGUCGGUCUCCUCCAUCAACAGCAACACCCCGGAGAACAAAGGGAGAGGAAGAGGAGCGAAGAGGAGCAGCGAAGCCUCCCAGACGGAUACUGUGAGAAGCAGCCGCCGAAGGACGACGACGGCGACCGCAGCGGAGCCGGACGCUGAAGCUCAGGCGGUCAGUGCGAGCUCUAAGGUCUCCAGAGGAAGACCACAAGGAAGAGGGAGGAAGACCUUGUCUCAGCCCGAUGUUGUGAUUAAAGAAAAUGAACAGAAAGCCACUGAAGUUCUGCAGCUAGAUGAGAAAAGGAAAGCAGAGCCUAGGCUUGCUGGUACCAGUAGGGGGCAGCGGCGAGUCACUGCCAGUUGUUCUGAAGCUUUAGUUUUAAAUGAUGAGGGCCUUCAGUCAAAUCAGGAAAAGACGUCUGCUGAUCUAACAUCCCCUCUGCCCAAGAGGAACAUGAGGGACAGGGGCGCAAAAACUGUAAAGACCGAGCCUGUGGAGGAAACUGAGGCUCCCACAGCGACUGACGGUGACGAGACCACAAACAAGAGAAAAGCAAAAACUAGUGAGGAAAAAACUGAAGUGGAUAGAGUCCAAAAAUCAACAGAACCAGGAGGGAAAGAGGAGCAACAGGAAGAGAUUCCUGCUGGGAUACAGGGCAGGAGAACAAGCAGAGCCUCAAGCUCUCAGGUGAAGAAGAACGAAGAGUUGCCCCCUAAACAGGAAUUAAAAGAUGGAAAGAAGGCGGCGGCGGGAGCUGCUGGGAAGAAAGCCAGGGGUCGAACAACCGUGGUCCAGAAAAAUAAAAACCAGGAGCUGCAGGAAACUCAGACGUCUGGUUCUUCCAUGGAGCCGCCUGGAAACGAGAUUGAACCAGAGAUCUCGGCCGUGACUCCUCCCCAGAAGCGGCGGGUUUCCUCAAAUUCCUCCCCCAUGGCGAAGACGCCGCGCUCCUCCUCUGCGUCUCCAGCUACGGUUAGCCGAGUUCGAGCCGGGAGCCAAACCUACAAGGUUCUGUUCACAGGAGUGGUGGAUGAAGAUGGAGAGCAGGUGCUGGCUCGUCUAGGAGGCGCCAUGGCCAGAGGCGUCUCCGACAUGAACUGUCUCGUGACAGACAAAGUGCGAAGGACGGUCAAAUUCCUGUGCGCCGUGGCCAAAGGUGUCCCAGUCGUCACCACUCGGUGGCUGGAACAGAGCGGUAAGGCUGGGAGCUUCCUUUCUCCGCUUGCUUUUGUUGUGAACGAUCCGGAGCAGGAGAAGAAGUUCAGCUUCUCCCUGCAGGAGUCUCUGAGGACUGCCAGCAGUCAGCCUCUCCUCCAGGGAUAUGAGAUCCACGUCACGAAGUCGGUAAAGCCAGAACCGGUUCACAUGAAAGACAUCAUCACCUGCAGCGGCGCUACCUUCCUGACAAAGAUGCCUGCGGCUCACAAGCCUCGGACCGUGGUGAUCUCCUGCGAGGAGGACCUGCGGCUGUGUGGCCCCGCCGUGUCUGCGUCUCUUCCUGUCGUCACUGCCGAGUUUAUUCUCACAGGAAUCCUGCAGCAGAGAGUCGAUUUUCAGACUCACGCACUUUCUCCCUCUGCCACCAACCCGCGGCCUGCUGAGGGCAGAGGAAGAGGCCGAAAGAAGACUUAGCACACGAUAUCUCACUGUGAGCACGUUUGGGUUUGUGCGUCUCUGAGAUUAAAUGACAGACUUUCUAUCUGCGUAAAAAGUUAGGAAUGUAUUCACCAUCAAAUGCAAACAAAUUUUCUAGGUACGUUGUUUUUGCUUCAGGUGAUAGUGUUCAUUUUCUGUUUGCUUGCAACAUUUAGAACAUGUUCCUGGAGGCUGGACUCGUGAAGCAGAUUAGUUUCCGCCAUGAAGUUUGAUAUGUUUAAAUCAUGCGCGUGUGUGUGUGUGUGUUGAAGUCUCUUUAUUGAAAUCCAUCUGCUCCAGAUGUCUGUAGGUACAACAAGAUUGUUUCCUGUGCUGAUAAAAUGUGCAUAGUGCCUUUUAUAUGUCAGAUGACCAUGUGCUCACCACUGUGUCUAUUGCUCCUGUCUCCAUUAAGCAGCUCCACUCCAUUAAGGCGUCAUUCAAUCUCCUCUCCUUCAGGGAGAGAUGCACGCCAUGAUUUCCUCCUAGCUAUGAUGCUGCUGCAGCAGCAGCAACAUUUCAUCCUGUUGGCCCAUCACACACCUUCACUACAUGUCAAACUCUUACUGGGUUUUUGCUGUACAUGGUCUUUUAAAGGUGAAAACAAAAACUUGUCAUUUAUGCCUCACAUGUGACUUGACAGAGAUUGUGUCAAAUCAUGAAAACAUUAAAGGUUUUGUAUAUGUUGGAAUUGUUUGUAUUUAAUCUUCUCACUCUAUGUUUGCAUAAAUAUCUCAAAUU